AUGUCUGUUACUGCAUCCCUUUAUCGCAUUUUGUUUAAAAGAUCUUCAACAUUUACUUUAACCAUAUUGGCCGGGGCUUUCGUUUUUGAAACCCUUGUCGAAAAUGGUGCAAAUGCAAUUUUUGAACAUCAUAAUAAAGGAUAUUUUUUCAAAUUUCCUAGUAAAUAUAUGUCUGAAAAAAAAUAA